GCGCGAAGAUGCGUGAGUUUGCGAACGCGUGAUUAGGACGCGACUCAAUGGGAUACGGACUGUCUGUCAAAUACUGUACGAAUAUUCGGGCGACACAUUUAUUCAAUUUUCGAAUGUGCUCGGCGACGUUUUGAGGAAACGUGCGAUGUUGUCCUCGACAACGAUUUCGAUAGCACGCCGUCUCGGAUUUUCACGAGGACCGUCGAGCAGGAUCAGAUGAGUUCAGAAUCUCAAUGGCAGUGUUGUCUAUUACUGCGAUGAAAGAUGCCAAUUCUUAAAGAGCUGUACUUCUGUUGAAGUGGUUCUGGUUCAAGAGGCUUGUGCUAAAGCACAAUGAGAGCCAUUGUAUCAAUCAUACUGAUCACACUGCUGUGUGGCAUAAGUUUAGCCUCUGUCAAUGCCACUAGGAGAUGUGCCAGCAGAAAGAAAAAUGUUGAAAAUCUUUCUUCGAGACAGGACUCGACAGGUGUACCUGAAAACACAUCCAAUGACCAUAAUGCAAAUGAAGAUGUCAAAUUUGAGAAAUGUAAUAAUUUCUGUCAUGCCUUAUGGCAAGAGGAUAAGACUGCAAAUGGUACCGAAAUUAAAAUUUUAUCUCAAGGUUGCUGGAAACAGUCUGGUGAACAAAAAUGUGAAAAUACAGAAUGUGUUGCGCUUGAGAGAUCCACAAAAGCUUUGAACAAUACAAAAUUUUGUUGCUGUCAUGGAGAUUAUUGUAAUCUUAAUAUUACAAAUUCUAAUCCUGUUUACUCAGAUAACAAAGUAUCUAAUUCUCUUUCCUCACAAAAAAUACAGCGAACUACACAAUAUCUUGAACGGUCAAACUAUAAACUAUGGAUAAUUAUUAUACUAAUCGUCAUAUUAUGUAUAUUAGUGAUGUGUAUCAUAGUGACGAUUAUGUACAAGCUGUAUCUUCAUAAGUUAGAAAAAUUAGGAAAACUGUUACCUUAUAAUGAUCAUUUCAUGGAUAGUCCAGCAUUAAGAACUGGUACUUACACAGUUGAUCACUUGAAACUCACAACUAUUGUAGGUCAAGGACGAUAUGGAUCAGUAUGGCAAGGUAGCAUGGGAGAUCAAGAUGUUGCAGUUAAAAUAUAUCCUUCGCACUAUCGCAAUUAUUUUCAGAACGAGAGAGAUACUUAUUGUUUACCUUUUAUGGAGCAUCCAUCAUUAUUGAGCUAUUAUGGUGUGGAUGAGAGAAUAAGCAUGGAUGGUAGUGUUGAAUAUCUUUUGGUAUUCAGUUUUGCUCCAGGUGGUAGUUUAACAGACUUUUUACGAACACACACUAUUGAUUGGACUACAUUCUGUAAAAUGAGUCUUUCAAUAGUUAAAGGACUCGCUUAUUUGCAUACAGAUAUCCGUAAAGGUGACAAGUUCAAACCAUGCAUUGCACAUAGAGAUAUAAAUUCGAGGAAUAUAUUAAUCAAAGCUGAUGGUACUUGCUGUAUUUGUGAUUUGGGUUUGGCAGUUCAAAUCUCUGGAUCUAAAUAUUACUCUAAUGGAGAGGAACAGCAUGCUGAAUUAAAAUCAAUUAAUGAUGUGGGCACUUUGAGAUAUAUGGCACCAGAAGUAUUGGAAGGUGCUGUUAAUUUACGUGAUUGUGAAAGUUCUUUAAAACAGAUAGAUGUUUAUGCAAUGGGAUUAGUUCUUUGGGAACUGGUUACGAGAUGUUCUGACAUUUAUAUUCCUGGAUCAGAAGUACCGCAAUAUAAACAGCCAUAUGAAAAUGAAAUAGGUCUUCAUCCAACAUUUGAACAAAUGCAAGUUUUAGUAUCACGUAACAAAGCCAGACCACUUUUAGAGAGUAAUUUAGUAGAUAGACCAGGGGUGCGUUUAAUUAAGGAAACUAUGGAAGAUUGCUGGGAUGCUGAUGCGGAAGCUCGUUUAACUGCUUUGUGUAUAGAAGAACGACUUUCGGAAUUGCAAUCUCAUCGUGUAACAAUGCACUUUACUGAUGGAAGUCCAAUGGUGAAUUCUCAUUGCACCCUAGUGCCUUCAACGACAAACAGUCUUUAUAGCGAGUCCUCGCAUCAUGAUAAUGUACAUGUUGUUCAACUUGCAUUGAACAUGAUGCAAGAUGGUAAUGACAGCGCAAUAGCUGAAAACUUAGUUAUAUUAUCACCAUCUGAUAGUGUUGCUCAUGAACACAAUUUCAAAAAUUCGAACGAAGUAGCGACAUAUAAUCAUACUCAAACGCUUCAGCCGUAUCAAGGCAGAAAUCCAUGUAUGGAGAGAAAUUUAAUGUUACAAUCUGAUUCCUUAGACGACUUGGGCUGCAAUGGCAAUGUUCUCGUCGAUAAGUCACUGAAACAUGCGUGUCACGAUCAAUAUAAAAUCGUCACAGAAGCACAAGGUCUGGUUUCACACGAUUACUUAAGUCAACACACUACUCAAUUAACGCAACUUAGACCAGCGACGCCUAUACCAUAUGUCCAAAAUGUCAUUUCCGACGAAGGGUCAACUUCGUGCGGUAAGCGAAAACAAACGAACAUACAAGAUUCGUCGCUUCAAGAAAGUCCACGAAAAAAAUUAUUUGCUUGGCCCAAUUUAAAAAAAUUGCUCAUUACUAAAAAGAUGUAUCCGUACAGUAAAUACCAAAUAGACAGAGAGGAUUCUAAAUCCAAUUUAUUAUCAAAGCAAAAUAUCCAAAUUAAAACUGUCGAAACAAAUGUAACAAUCUCGCCUGGAGGAAAGUACGUAAAUGGUAUUGUUGGUAAAACUUCUACCUCGGCGAUACCAAUAGAGAAGAAUGACAAAAAUACCACGCAAACGGGGAAGCAAAAGCAAUAUGAAAUUGAUAAUACGACAUUCAACGCACGUCCUUCUACUUUGCCACUUGUAAAUUUAAGAAACAAAAAGAGAGAAAACAAUUUAAGUAGACAACAGAGUAUUGACAAAUUUAAUGAAGUCUUUAAUGUGGGCUCAAACAUAAACAAUGCAUUAAAGGAUCCACAUAUGAGAAUAAAAACGCCUGGUGAUUUGCCACCAUCCGUUAGAAAAAUUCGUGGUCGUGCGCAAUCAACGGCGAGAUUUUCUCUUUACGAUGAUCGUAUGAUGUGCAAUAUCCUGAGUGAAGAAGAUGAUCGAAAUGACAAAGCCAUUUGGAAUUCAGUGCCAUUUGGUAUGGAUCUCGGUGAUAAUGAUGGGAAACAUUCACCAACGAAACUUGGUACCAAAAAUGUUACGUGCUUUUAAUCAGAUAUGAUAUUAAUGUGUUUGUAAAGUCUUUAUGUCUAUAACUUAGUCAAAGGAAAGAGGAAUGUUGUAGGAUACCUCUAGCUUCAAUUUAUGUACAGAGAGAAAGAAAGAAAGAGAGAACUUAUGUCUAUAAGAAUAAGAUUUUAUACUCAAUGCAAAUAUAUUAUCAUAAUAUAGACACAAUAAAAAACAAUAAAAUUAAAAGGAAAUUUGGAAAAGAAGAAUAUAUUUAGAAAUUCGUGCUAUUCAAUUGGUUUGUCAUGUUAUAUUGAUAGCAUAUUUUGUGCAUCAUGAAUGCUUUUGCUGAAGUAGAUAGUUGAGUAUGACAAGAAGUGCACAUUACAAAUAGAAAAUAGAAAAUCAAAUUGACUUGCGAUCUAUAUUCGCUGAGCUAUAAGAAAUGAGUUUAUUUGUUAUGACUCUGCUUUCGUAUAUAUAGUAUUUGUGAAUCAUCUUUAUAGUCAAUGUUUCUUUCAAUUCCAUAUUUGUAGAUUUAAUUAAUUCAGUAUGAUUGAUAAACAUAGACAAUCAAUAUUGACACAUUUACAUCACGUCGUAAGAUAUUAUUAACAUCUCGAUGUGUAAUUGUCUUUUAUUUUUUCCACAACAUUUAAAAGACAUAAUCUCUAUGUAAUGUGUAAAACAAUCUCUUAAUGUUAAUAUUUGUAGAAUAUUCUCCAUUUUUGAUAUUAUUAGCUCAAAGACUCAUAAAAUUACAGACGAAAGUAAUGCAAACUCAAUUUUUUUAUUAUUGAUUUUAUAUAUUUCACAUAAGGAUUCGGUGUUUACUUUCUAUGCGUGCACGCGCGCAUAUAAAGUAUAAUUUAAGUUUUAAACAAAUCGUGCAACAAAUUUGUUCAUUAAUAUGCAACGAUAAUUAUCAGAUAUAUGAAUCUACAAUUAAUAUACAAAGCCAUUAAUAUUAAUAUAAGUGAUUAUAAUUAUAAAGUAGAAAUAGAGUAAAAAGAUAUAUUUGAGCACAAAACUAUAAUACUAUCGAGUUAUAUGAAAAUUAUUUUUCCUGAUCCUAUAAAAGUUCAGUGUAAAUACCCGUAGUAUAAAAGAAGACUAUUCAAAUGCGUUAAAUAUACUUGUUAUGUUAUAUCAUGUUAUGUUGAAGAUGUCUUAAAUUCUUAUGUUAUAUAUUUUUUGCGCGGUACUUUAUUCUACAUAUUAUUAUUAACAAAAUUAAGAUAAAUAAUAAUGAUUAUGCAAUUCAUAAUAAAGUAUCUCUUUUAUCGAAAA